ACUACGCAUUUUUUUUUUUUUGGGGGCCGUGAGACUAAAAACCAUUUCACAGUUGAGGAAUCUCGCCGCCGUUUGAAGAGAGAGAGAGAGAGAGAGAGAGAUGGGAGUUUUCACUUUCGUUUGCAAAAGCAAAGGCGGAGAAUGGACCGCGAAGCAACACGAAGGAGAGCUUGAAGGCUCCGCUUCUAGCACUUACGAUCUACAGCGCAAGCUUGUUCAGGCUGCUCUCUCCGCCGAUUCAUCUGGCGGCGUUCAGUCUUCUUUCUCUCUUGUCUCCCCUACCUCCGCCGUCUUUCAGGUGAUCAUCGGCGGUGGUGGUGGUGGAGGAUUUGCUGCCGGAGGAGGUGCAGCAGCAGGAGGUGGCGGUGGAGGUGAGUCUGCCGCAGCUGCCAAGGAGGAAGAGAAGAAGGAAGAGUCUGAAGAGGAAGAGGGUGACUUUGGAUUUGAUCUCUUUGGUUAAGAAGAGACAACAACAAAACUCGUUUAGCUUUUGAAGUUCCCUAUCUCGAUUUUUGUUUUUCUUCUCUGUUUUCGAAUCUUAGAUUGAACUUCCAGCGCUAAGACUAUAAUGUAAUGUCAGAAAUAUAUGUUUGUUUCUGGUUUCAUCUCCUUAUGGGUUAUGCAAGCAUAUCAGUUUCAUACAUAUAAAUCUCUUUUCAUUUUUUGGUUAA